UUAACUUUCGCCAAGCAGGAAUCGGGGCGAUCUCCAAAGGGAAGGCAGAGAGAUUGCCGUGCGCAAGCUAGUUUGCAAUAAUGGACACUUCUGGGAAAAUUAUAAAAUGCAAGGCUGCUGUUGCCUGGGAAGUAGGCAAACCCCUUUCCAUUGAGGAGGUCGAAGUGGCUCCACCAAAGUGUCAUGAAGUUCGUGUGAAGAUAAUAGCCACGGGCAUAUGUGGGACAGAUGACCAUGUCCUGACAGGUUCUUUCCCUAAAGUAGAAUAUCCUGUUAUUCCUGGCCAUGAAGGAGCUGGAAUUGUAGAGAGCGUUGGUGAGGGAGUGACUUGUGUGAAACCAGGAGACAAAGUCAUUCCCCUUUGUCUGCCUCAAUGUGGAGAAUGCAACUCGUGUUUAAGAUCUAACACUAACUGUUGCCUGAAAACCCACCUCUGUGAACCACAAAAUCUGAUGCCAGACAAGACCAGCAGAUUCACCUGCAAAGGGAAGCAAGUUCACCACUUCCUUUGGAUCAGCACUUUCUCAGAAUAUACAGUUAUGCCUGACUCUACUGUCGUUAAGAUUGAUAAUGCUGCUCCUCUGGAUAAAGUCUGUCUUUUCGGCUGUGGAUUUUCCACUGGUUACGGGGCUGCCCUCAAUACAGCCCAGGUCAUGCCUGGUUCCUCCUGUGCCAUUUUUGGUUUGGGAGGAGUUGGUCUCUCCGUGGUGAUGGGAUGCAAAACGGCUGGGGCUUCCCAGAUCAUUGGGAUUGACAUUAACAAAGAGAAGUUUGCAAAGGCAAAAGAACUGGGAGCCACAGAAUGUCUUGACCCUCGAGAUUACAAGAAGCCCAUCCAGGAAGUGCUGGUUGAAAGGACUGGUUACGGUGUUGACUAUGCUUUUGAGGUUGUUGGAUGUUUGGAUACACUGACAGCUGCUCUGGCGUCUUGCCACAUAGGCUGUGGAGUCUGCGUGAUGGUUGGUGUACCUCCUUUAGGCUCUCAACUGUCCUUCGAUCCUAUGCUGCUUUUCACUGGACGCACCUUGAAAGGGAGUUUCAUAGGAGGCUGGAAGAUGAAAGAUUCUAUCCCUCACUUGGUAUCCAGUUACAUGGAAGGAACAUUUAAAUCCGAUGCCUUAAUAACCCACACUUUGCCAUUCAGCCAGAUCAGCGAAGGCUUUGAUUUGCUUCACUCUGGAAAGAGCAUUCGCAUUGUCUUGAAGUUUUAAGUUACUGAAUUUCUGUAACGAUUCGAAUGCCUUCAACCUGGAACUUCUCUUGAAAAAUGCUCUCUUUAUCGGCUGGUUUUUAAAAACAAUAAUAAACAGUGCCAAC